GGGCCCGGGGCCUCACUCUCGAGUCGCGGGACCUGCAAGUCUUACCCAGAGAGACGCUGCACGUGGAGCCGGGGCUGCUACCGGUCUCAGCCGGCUGAGAAAUAGGGGCGAGGGCGACAGGGCCGAUUCUGGAGCAGAAUUGAUCUUUGAAAUACGUCGACCAUGACUAAAAGAGAAGCAGAAGAGCUGAUAGAAGUUGAGAUUGAUGGAACAGAGAAACAAGAAUGUACAGAAGAAAGCAUUGUAGAACAGACCUACACCCCAGCUGAAUGUGUAAGCCAAGCCAUAGAUAUCAAUGAGCCAAUAGGCAAUUUAAAGAAACUACUAGAACCAAGACUACAGUGUUCAUUGGAUGCUCAUGAAAUUUGCCUGCAAGACAUCCAGCUGGAUCCUGAACGAAGUUUGUUUGACCAAGGAGUAAAGACAGAUGGAACUGUACAACUCAGUGUACAGGUAAUUUCUUACCAAGGAAUUGAGCCGAAGUUAAACAUCCUUGAAAUUGUUAAGCCUGCAGAAACUGUUGAAGUAGUUAUUGAUCCAGAUGCCCACCAUGCUGAAGCUGAAGCGCAUCUUGCUGAGGAAGCUCAAGUGAUAACCCUUGAUGGCACAAAACACGUCACAACCAUUUCAGAUGAAACGUCAGAACAAGUGACAAGAUGGGCUGCUGCACUGGAAGGUUAUAGAAAAGAGCAAGAACGUCUUGGGAUACCCUAUGAUCCUAUACAGUGGUCCACAGACCAAGUCCUGCAUUGGGUAGUUUGGGUAAUGAAGGAAUUCAGCAUGACUGAUAUAGACCUCACCCCACUCAACAUUUCUGGAAGAGAAUUAUGUAGUCUCAACCAAGAAGAUUUUUUUCAGCGGGUCCCUCGGGGAGAAAUUCUCUGGAGUCAUCUGGAACUUCUUCGAAAAUAUGUGUUGGCAAGCCAAGAACAACAGAUGAAUGAGAUAGUUACAAUUGAUCAACCCAUACAAAUUAUCCCAGCAUCAGUGCAGUCUGCUACACCAUCUACCAUUAAAGUUCUGAACAGUAGUGCAAAAGCAGCUAAAGUACAAAGAGCUCCAAGGAUUUCAGGAGAAGAUAGAAGUUCACCUGGGAACAGGACAGGAAACAAUGGCCAAAUCCAACUAUGGCAGUUUUUGCUAGAACUUCUCACUGACAAGGAUGCUCAAGACUGCAUUUCUUGGGUUGGUGAUGAAGGCGAGUUUAAACUAAAUCAGCCUGAACUGGUUGCACAGAAAUGGGGACAACGUAAAAAUAAACCUACAAUGAACUACGAGAAACUCAGUCGUGCAUUAAGGUAUUAUUAUGAUGGGGACAUGAUUUGUAAAGUUCAAGGCAAGAGAUUUGUGUACAAGUUUGUCUGUGACUUGAAGACUCUUAUUGGAUAUAGUGCAGCAGAGUUGAACCGUUUGGUUACAGAAUGUGAACAGAAGAAACUUGCAAAGAUGCAGCUCCAUGGAAUUGCCCAGCCAGUCACAGCAGUUGCCCUGGCUACUGCUUCUCUGCAAACAGAGAAGGAUAAUUGA